UGAUCGCAUUUAUCGUAUGUUUUGAGAGCAUUGAGAGCACAACUCAAGUGAUGACCCAUACGUUGAAUCAGUCGUUCACUUGAAGUCUCUAAGAAGUCAUCUCAUGUCUAACACAUCCAACAAAUUGAUUCAAUGGUUAAGUCAUCUGAUUAUAUAUGAUGUGAUAAUCAACAAAAAAAGUGAUGACAAAAGUCAAUGCAAGACAUGAGGAAUGAUUGAAGAGUUGAUUCAUCGAUACAUUUGAUUGAAUAUAAUGUUUUGAUUUGAGUUUUUAGAGCAAAGCAUUCAACGAGUGAUUCAUUCAUUGAAAUCAAUGCAAUAAAUAGUGUAAAGAAAUAAUGCAAUCAAUUGUGUGUUCAAUACAUUAAUAUUAAUACUAUAAACAUAUUAUAGUUUGCAUUACAUGUGCUUUCAUUUCGUUUAAAUCAAUGAAAACAUAAUAUUUUGUAUAACAAUAACUGCUGUUAUUAUUGAAUUUAUAUGAUAUUUGUUAUAUAUAUUUGUUAAUUAAUUAAAUCAAAACAAUUAUUGUUUUUCAUAACUAAGUGAUUGAUAAUUAUGGCAAAGGAUUUCAACGAAGCCUUAGAUGACAUCAAUUUUGCUGAACAAAGACGUCACCGACAAAUGGGGUUCACUCGGGGCUAUUCGGUCGGAGAAGAGGCCGGUUGGAGGGAUGGCUAUGUGUUUGGCAUACGGAAGGGCUCACAGAUAUCUGCAGAAAUCGGUUACUAUCAGGGCUUCACUCACGCGUGGAUCUCAAUUCUUGAGAAAGAGGAUCUCAAUAAACAACGAAAACUGACUGCUUUGCGGACACUGUUAGAUAUGACCCGUAAUUUCCCGAAAACUAAUCUCUUAGAGGAGGACACCAUACAAAAGUUGGGUCGCAUUCGCGCCAAAUUCAAACAAUGUGCGGCUCUUAUAUCGGGUACCAAUGCUUACAUGGAAUCGGGUAGUUUUGGUGGUAGCAGUUGGACAUCCAUGGACUCGGGUCAGGGAACCUAUUCAGGCACCUACUCAACCACCGGCUCAGUUCGCGGCUCAUCACCCAAUCCACCAAACAAUAUGAAAGGCGGAGAAAUGUCUUUUUAAUACUACUUUUGGACAUCAUUUUAGACAUCAUUUUCAUGACAUUUUAAAAUACCAAAUGCAUGAUAUUUUGUAUGAUUUUAAUUGUCAACGUGUUAUUGAUAUUACAAUUAGACGACUGUUAUAAUUGAAGACUUGAACAGUUUGGACACGAAUUGAGUUUAUUAUAUAAUGAAUAAAACGAAAUGA